GGGGCCGAGGGGGGGCGGACAGCUGAGAAUAGACAGAGCGCUUGUCCUUGAGACAUGACUGCCCGAGGCUUCGCAUCCAUAUUCCCGGGACACUCAGAGACUUUAGCGCGUCUGCCUUGACACCAUGUGGGCUGUGUUUGUCAGAGCCGCGCUCCGGCCAGGUGUGGCGAAGCAGUGUCGCUUGGUCAGAUCGGUAACCCAGGUCCCAGAGAGGUCUCAUUUUCAACGGGAGGUGUUACCUAAGCUGCCCGUGCCGCCCUUGAAGCAGACGUGUGAGAAUUAUCUGGCGACGCUGGAGCCCAUUGUCAGCAAGGAGGAGCUGGAGCACACUCAGGAGCUGGUGGCGGAGUUUCUAAAGGGCGGCGUUGGGGACAGGCUGCAGAAAGGCCUCGAGCGACGGGCACGCAAGACAGAAAAUUGGCUGUCAGAAUGGUGGAUGCAGUCGGCCUAUCUCGACUGCCGCAUGCCAGUGGCGGUCUACACCAGCCCUGGAGUCGUUCUACCACGCAUGCACUUCCGCGAUUCACAAGGACAGAUGAGAUUUGCCGCCAAACUGAUCGCAGGAGUUCUGGACUUUAAAAGAAUGAUUGACACUGAGACGCUGCCCGUGGAGUUCCUGAGUGGGAAGCCGCUGUGUAUGGAUCAGUAUUACCAGAUCUUGUCCUCCUGUCGCAUCCCCGGUCCAAAGAGAGACACGGUUGUCAAUCACGCCGCCGGGAAAACGCCUCCCACUCACAUCACCGUGGUCCACAACUUCCAGUUCUUCGUCUUGGACGUGUACAACAGCGACGGCACUCCACUGACGAUCGACCAGAUUUACAUGCAGUUGGAGAAGAUCUGGAACUCGUCGUUGCAGACGAACAAGGAGCCGGUCGGCAUCCUCACGUCGCAGCACCGCAACACCUGGGGGAAAGCCUAUAACAACCUGAUUAAAGAUAAGACGAAUAAAGAGUCGGUGCGCGCCAUCCAGAAAAGCAUCUUCACCGUCUGCCUCGACGCUCCGAUGCCACGCGUGUCGGACGAGCUGUACUGGAGCCGCGUGGCCGCCCAGAUGCUGCACGGAGGCGGCGCUCGCUGGAACAGCGGCAACCGCUGGUUCGAUAAGACGUUACAGUUCAUCGUUGGGGAGGACGGCACGUGUGGACUGGUGUACGAACACGCGCCCGCCGAGGGUCCGCCCAUCGUGUUCCUCAUCGAUUAUGUUGUUAAAUACAUGCAAAGGACAGAAAUCGUCCGCUCUCCCAUGAUUCCCCUGCUGAUGCCUCAAAAACUGCGUUUUAACAUCACGCCGGAGGUCAAGAGAGACAUUGACAGAGCCAAACAGAACAUGAACAUAAUGGUGCACGAUUUAGACGUGAAGGUCCUUUUGUUUUCACACUUUGGGAAAAAUGUGCCAAAGCAACAUAAGCUGAGUCCAGAUGCCUUUGUGCAAAUGGCGCUUCAACUUGCCUACUUCAGGAUGUAUAACAUGUGCUGCUCCGUAUACGAGAGUGCGUCACUGCGGAUGUUUAAAUACGGGAGAACGGACGCGAUCCGCUCCACGUCUGUAGACUCCUUAAAGUUCGUGCAGGCAAUGCAAGACCCAGCCGAACAGAACUCAGAGAGGCUGGCGCUGCUGCAGACGGCCGUCGAGACGCACACGCAGAACACCUUCAACGCCAUCCACGGACAAGCCAUAGACAGACACCUCCUCGGGCUGAAGAUACAAGGUAUUGAAGAUCUGACCUCCAUGCCCGAGAUAUUCAUGGAUACGUCGUUUGCCGUGGCGCAACACUUUAAUCUCUCCACCAGCCAGGUCGGCUCCAAGACGGACUGCGUGAUGUGCUUCGGUCCGAUGGUGCCAGAUGGCUACGGCGUGUGUUACAACCCCAUGGGCGAGCACAUCAACAUCGCCAUCACGGCUUUCAACAGCUGCGAGGAGACCAACGCUGCCAAGUUUUCCCAGGCUGUGGAGGACGCUCUGUUGGACAUGAGAGCUCUCCUGGAAGACACGGCUCAAGCCAAUCAGUGAGGAGCCUUGUCCGCGGCGGUUUUUGUCCCUGCUGCUGGCGCCGCACCACGCCGGCAGCGACACACAAUGGACCGAGUGUGAUGGAGCUGAGGGGGAAACCCGGUUACCGGCUGAUGGUGUGAAGAGGAAUGUGACGAUUGAUGCACUAACUUUCCUACGAGGAGUCAUUUCUAGAUUUCAAUAUCUUGUGUUAUAUAUGUAAAGAGAUAAAACAAUUAAAAUUUACUUAAAGAGUUA